UGCAUUGGUGGUGCGACCCACCCAGCAGGUGGCUUACAUUAGGGAAGCUGCAUAGUGUCGCUCGGGUACAUGCUGUCUACCAAUCUGUACUUUCGGCAGAAGUUCGGCAGGCGAGCUCCGAGCCGCCAUACGCACUACGUAGCAUAUAUCUAGGUACCUAUAUUGGUACCGUGACGGUAGCGUGGCUGUCCGUUCAAUUUUGUGUGCGCGCCGGUCGGUGCACGAGCCAGGAACCAUAGAAUGGGAAAAAUUAACGGCGCCGGCGGGAACUGGAUAAUGAGGUCUGAAUCUGAACAAAUGCAACGAUGAGUUGGGGCCAGCCAUUCCCUCCCAGCUUUUCCCUCUGUUAAAUCUGCCGGCUUGACGCUAUCUAUUAUCGCUUGGCCAUAGUAGAGAGAGAAUUGGCCUCCUCUCCCUUCCCUGCUCUCUUGGCUAAUCGCUCGGGAGUCCGUGGCAGAUUUGGCUUCUCUUCUUCACCCUCUCUCUCUGCAGCUGCGCACAUCCACGUCACGUCCAGCGUCCUUUUUCUCUCUUCUUCUUACCUUCUCUCCCAGUUGGCCUGCUGCCGUCCGCCAAUUGCGUGGCCGACUUGUCCUCAUUGCCAUCGUAGCCUAUACCAAGGAGCACAGGCUACCUUAACCUGCUGGAACCAUGGCCGAAGUUGCUACCACAUCCACUCCUACCGCUGCGGCUGGGGAGAAGAAGAGGCCAGAGAAGCCCAAUCUCGAACGCUUCAAUGAGGAAUCCGAAAAGGCCGAGAAGGAAUACCAGGAAUCCUUGGCUAGAUAUAAUGCUGUGAAGCAGGAAGUCGAGCUCGCUGCCCCGAGCAAGAACAAGGACACCCAGAACCCUCUCCAGAAGCGCCGCCAGGAGCUCAUUGCGCAAUUAAACGAAAUCCGCCAAAAACAAGGUGCCGGCAAGAACUCACGCAGCUCCAGACAAGACCAGAUUAAACGCCUCGAUGAGCAGUUGCGCUCCCGAAUGGCUGAACAGAAGGGCGCCCGCGCCAAGGUCCAGUUCAAGAGCGUAGAGGACCUCGACCAGGAGAUUGAACGCCUCGAAAAGCAAGUGAAUGGGGGCCUCAUGAAGAUUGUGGACGAAAAGAAGACCCUGACCGAGAUUUCCAACCUCCGCAAGCUGCGCAAGAACUUUGCCCAAUUUGAUACUGCUCAGAAGGAGAUCGACGAGAUCAGGGCUAAGAUCAAGGAGAUCAAGGAUAGCAUAGAUGACCCCGAGGCUCGAGCGCUCAGCGAGCAGUAUAACCAGAUCCAGGCCGAACUCGACACCAUCAAGGCCCAGCAAGACGAAGCUUUCAAGAAUCUGAACGAGCUGCGCGACAAGCGAACCAGGCUGCAGGCCGAGCAACAGGAGAAGUUUCUUGCUCUGCGUAAAAUUAAGGAUGAUUACUAUAGCGCUAAGAAGGCUUACUCCGAGUUCGAGCGCGAGGCCCGCCAGCGACUCCGUGAGCGACAGAAGGCGGAGCGAGAGCGCUUCGAGAAGGAGAAGAAGAAGGAGCGCGCGCAGAAGAUUCUGGAGGACGCCAGCGACCUUGCCUACCUCGAGGAAAUCCGCAGGGCCAACGGUGUGCUCCGCUACCUCGACCCGGCCACCGCCCCGACCGAAAAGGCGCCCCUCUUGGCAGACAGCGGCCUGGGCGCCCAGGCUUCGCGCAAGGUCGACGACAGUGGCCUGAAGGGCACUAGGCUAGUGCGUAAGGAGGACCGCGAAGAUGAUUACCUCCCGGCCGUGAAGAAGGGCAAGAAGGGCAAGAAGGGUGGUUCCGCCGCCAGCGGCACUACCGAGAAGGGAUUCAGGUGCCCCCCCUCAGUCAUAGACGACUGCACCUUCUUGGGCGUCGAUCCGCCUAUGACUGCAGCCGAUGUUCCGGCGACGAUCGAGAAGGUCAAAGCCAAGUUGGACCACUGGAAGUCGGACCAGAAAGCCCAGACUCAACGAAAUAUCGACAAGGCCAAAAAGGAGAUCGAGAAGCUAGAGGCCGAAGAGGCUGCCGAGGCUUCGGGCACAGCCACCCCUAACGGCGCUGCUGAUGACAAGAAGGCCGAUGAUAAAGUGGAGGCUGUGACGUCGGACCUAAAGGAGGCGUCGCUCGAAGAGAAAGCGGAAUGAAGCCUUCUCAGACCCCAAACCCCCUUUUCCUCCCCACCGUCGUCGAGGGGAAGUAUGGGGGCAACCUAGGAUCGGCGAGAGUUAAAAAAUUCGAAAUCUAGGUACUCCCGGUUGCCUCCGAUUCGACUAUUUCUUAUAAAAGAAACCGAAAAAAAAAGAAUGGACUAAUUUCUUGGGGGGUUGGGGAUACGAAGGAGAAAAAAGCUCGAAGGGUACAAUCGAGAUCCGAACUCAAGUCCUUUUUUUCUUGCCGCUUUCACGACAGCCAAUACCCGGCAUUGAACGUAUGUUGCUGCCCAUAUAUCUCAUUUUCUCCUCUUAUUCCCCGGCUCAUCCGGCUGUAUGUUAAGGAUACGGAGCGUGGCGGGUCUCCUCAACCGGUUGGCAUCUGGCUUGUCGUUAUAUAAGCAUGUGAUGGGUAUACAGAAAAUAUACACAAGAAGGAAUGGAGAGUAAGAAAGCGGGCGAGACAGUCAGCUGUUGCUAGCAGACUUGGUAGACGAUACUAGCUGUUGAUGAAAGAGGAGCUUGCUUGUUUUGAACUACAUAUUCCAUCCCCCUUUACGUCCGUGACGCGCAAACUGUCUAUAAUCAAACUGACAUACGUAAUC